AGUUUCGAAAGUUCAAUUUCGCAUGGCGGACGUGCAAGUGAACUCUGUUAUUUGUUGGUGAUAAUUUCAUUUAUUAUCUCGUUGUGAUUCCCUAUGGAAAGACUAAUUCUGAUGCUUCUAUUUCUUUGUGGUCGUGCUUUAUUCAUUCCUUAACAUCAGAUGAUGCUAAAGUUUUAUUUAUAGUUGCAUUUGUGUGAACUGCAUAGUGUUUCUCAAAAAUGGGAAAAUGUGACGAAGCUAACGUCGAAGUUAGCAUGGGGGACUCGGCGUCCCCUACUAUGAAACCUGAUAAUUUCUCGUUCACCCCGCCUCCAGAGGCUCCGGUGUUUGAACCUACGCCAGAAGAAUUCUUGGACCCCCUGGCAUACAUCAGCAAAAUACGACCAAUCGCUGAGAAGUCGGGCAUUUGCAAGAUAAAACCUCCAGCGCACUGGCAACCUCCGUUUGCAGUUGAUGUAGACCGGUUACGGUUCACACCGAGGAUACAAAGGCUCAAUGAGUUGGAGGCGAUUACCCGAGUGAAGUUAAACUUCCUCGACCAGAUUAUGAAGUUUUGGGAGCUGCAGGGCUCUGUGCUGAAGAUCCCAACUGUUGAAAGGAAACCAUUGGACCUCUACGCCCUUCACAAGAUUGUCAAAGAAGCAGGUGGUUUCGAAGUAUGUUCAGCGGAGCGCAAGUGGUCGAAGGUGGCCCGUCGUAUGGGCUUCCCCCAGGGCAAGGGCAUCGGCUCUAUCCUGAAGAGCCACUACGAGAAGAUCCUCUACAGAUACGAUAUCUUCAAAAACAAUGGGGCGGUGGAUAAUAAAGAUACUAAAAUUGAAGUUAAAGGCGAACAAACGCCGGAGAAGGCAAGUGGCACGCGGAGUCGAUCGACAAGUAAAUGUACGGCGGCCGCAACACCGCCUCCGGCCCGUCGGUUCAAACCGGACCCGGACGGACCGACCUCUACAGAAACCAUACAGGCUGAUAAAACCCCUCAACAGAUGCAAGAGGAGGCAAUGAAGACCCCAAUUAAAGAGGAGAACCCCUCAGAAAAUAGGCGAAGUCCUCGUGAAAAUAAAUGGAUGUCAGCAGCAGGUAGUUGCGGCGCCAGGUCCCGGGUGACCCGGUCGACCCGGCUGCGGGAGCAUCGCAUGUCCAACAUGACCGUGUCUGUCACCCCCGCGCCACCUACCAGCCACGCACUACAUCCUGACGACCCGCUGGCGAAGUACAUGUGCCAUGUGUGCGGGCGCGGUGAUGUGGAGGAGCAGAUGUUGCUCUGUGACGGUUGCGACGACUCUUACCAUACCUUCUGCCUGCUCCCCCCGCUCGCAGACGUGCCUAAAGGAGACUGGCGAUGCCCUGUAUGCUUGGCUGAGGAGGUGUCGAAGCCGACGGAAGCAUUUGGUUUCGAACAAGCAACCCGGGAAUAUACUCUACAACAAUUCGGAGAGAUGGCGGAUCAAUUCAAAUCUGAUUACUUCAAUAUGCCUGUUCAUAUGGUACCAACAUCAACAGUGGAGAAAGAGUUUUGGCGCGUCGUCUCCUCAUUGGAUGAAGAUGUUACAGUGGAAUAUGGCGCCGACUUACAUUCUAUGGACCAUGGUUCCGGUUUCCCCACAAAGACGCACGCGCACCUGUACCCUGGCGAGCAGCAGUAUGCGGAGUCGAGCUGGAACCUGAACAACCUGCCCGUGCUAGAAGGCUCCGUACUAGGACAUAUCAACGCAGAUAUCUCUGGGAUGAAGAUCCCUUGGUUAUACGUGGGCAUGUGCUUCGCGACCUUCUGUUGGCAUAACGAGGACCACUGGAGCUACUCCAUCAACUACUUACAUUGGGGAGAACCUAAAACUUGGUACGGAGUACCAAGUUCAAAAGCAGAACAGUUCGAAGCCGCCAUGAAGGCAGAGGCUCCCGAGCUCUUUCAGCUGCAACCAGAUCUGCUGCAUCAACUGGUUACCAUCAUGAACCCUAACAUCUUGAUGAAGGCUGGAGUUCCAGUGUAUAGAAUGGACCAACACGCCGGUGAAUUCGUGAUUACUUUCCCUCGCGCGUACCACGCCGGUUUUAAUCAAGGAUACAACUUCGCUGAGGCUGUCAAUUUCACACCUGCCGACUGGCUAAAAAUGGGUCGCGAAUGCAUAGCCCACUACUCAACACUGCGGCGUAACUGCGUGUUCUCCCACGACGAGCUAGUGUGCAAGAUGGCGCUGGAGGCAGACUCCCUCAGCCUCACCGUGGCACUGGCUGCCUACAGGGACAUGCGGACCAUGCUGCACGAUGAGAGGAAACUCAGGAAGGGACUGCUUGACUGGGGCGUGACGGAGGCGGAGCGCGAGGCGUUCGAGCUGCUGUCGGACGACGAGCGGCAGUGCUCGCAGUGCAAGACGACGUGCUUCCUGUCGUGCGUGGCGUGCGCCUGCACGCGCGCCGUGGCCUGUCUGCGCCACUACCGCGCGCUCUGCGCCUGCGCGCCGCACGCGCACAAGCUCCGAUACCGUUACACCCUUGAUGAGUUACCAGCGAUGUUGGAGAAGUUGAAGAAGAAAUCUGAACAGUUCCGCGAGUGGGCCGAGGCUGUACAAAAUGCUUUGGACCCGGACACACCCAAGACUUGUGACCUCGAUGGGUUGAGGGCACAUCUUAAAAGGGCUCAUGAUCUCAAGAUGCACAAAACAGAGCUAGUCCGAGCUCUAGAAACGGCAAUAGAAGACGCGGAGAAAUGCGCGUCCGUGAUCCAACAACUGGACCUCAACAAGAUGCGCACGCGCACCCGCCACCACGACCCCAAGUACCGCCUCACCAUACACGAGCUCACACUCUUCGCCGCCGAGAUCGACGGACUCGCCUGCGUGUUGCCAGAAGGCUCAGCAGUAAAAGAAGUGCUACGACAGACAUCGGAGUUCGAGACCCGAGCCACCGAGCUCCUCAAUAAGGAUCUGGAGAAAACUGAUCAAGCAUAUGUCAGAGAAUUGGAAGAGACAUCGGAGCUAGGCUCCCGGCUGUGUAUAGUCCUCCCCGCCCUGCCAGCGCUGGUGUCCCGGCUGGCGCAGGCUCGGUUCCUGGAGUCAGUGCGCGCGUACAGGGAGGACUGCUCCACCCUGACUCCGGAGCUCAUCCAGAGGCUGCUGCAGCAGGCUGACACCGUACUGCCACAUCAUAGGAUCGAGACCGAGAGAGCUCAACUACACAGUCUUAAAGCUCAAGUAGAUGAAUGGGAGAACCGUGCCCGUGCAGUGUUAGUAGACACAACAAAGAACCCUCCGUCGGACAUAGACCCGCAGUACACGACGCUGGCGGAGCUGGAGGCGCUGCUGGCGGACGGGGAGGAGAUCGAGGCUGCCUUGCCUUCCUACCAUGCGCUGCAGACUGCUGUGUCACAUGCCAGGGACUGGCUGAGUAAGGUGGAGGAGAUGCAGUCGAAGGAACUGUACCCGUACAUGCACAGCGUGGAGAACGUGGUUCGGCGCGGGGCUAGUAUACCUCUGCAGCUCUACGAGAAGGACCAGCUCGCACAGGCGCUGCAGUCUGCCAGGAGUUGGAAGCGGGGAGCUGCUGAUAUGUUCCUCAAGAAGAACUGGCCCUACUCUCUACUAGAAGCUCUGUCUCCCCGCGUAGAAGUAGGCGAGACAGUAAGCAAGCGGCGCGCUCGCGCAGGUGCAGCGGGCGCGGCCGGGGGGGAGCCCGCCUCCUCGCUGGAGGCGGGGCUGUUCCUCAAGAACUUCAGCGAGGACUCCACCCCCACUGAUAUUGUCGCUGCCUUCAAACACGCUGAGCAGAGAGAACUGCAAGCUAUUAAAGAUCUAAGAGCCCGCAACAUGCGCAAAGAAGUCCGUGCCCCAGUAUCCGCGGGGGUGACAUUCUGUACAUGCCAGAAGCGACAGUAUGGCGUCAUGACGCAGUGUGAACUGUGCAAAGAUUGGUUCCACGCUUCCUGCAUAGCCGCGAACAAGGAAGAACGUGAAGAGUCUCCCGAGCGCGUGGAGUCCAGCUUCCCAACAACUGAGCCCAAGUUCCUGUGUUCCGACUGUGUUAGAACGAAGAGGCCGCGACUUGACCGUAUACUGGCGUUACUGGUGUGGCUCCAGAAGCUGCCGGUGCGGCUGGCGGAGGGCGAGGCGCUGCAGUGCGUGACGGAGCGCGCCAUGGCGUGGCAGGACGCGGCGCGCGCGCUGCUGGCCAGCCCCGGCCUGGCGCGGGACGCCGCGCCGCCCGCCGCGCCGCCCGCCGCGCCCGACAAGCUGCACGCCGACCUCAAGAAGGCCACCGGCCGCGCGCACCUCGCGCACGCGCACCACAACGCCAGAUCCUCAGCGAGCGUGGAGCAUGCAUACAGUGCGACACCGAGAUCUCCCAGCGCACGCGCCGCACCCGGCCUGUUACAAAAAUUGGAGGAUUUGAUGCUUGAAGGAGACUUGUUAGAGGUGCGGCUGGAGGAGCAGGCGGCGGUGUGGGGCGCCGUGGCGCGCGCGCGGGCCGCGGCCGGCGCGCGCGCCGCCUGCCACGACGCGGGCCGCCGCAAGCGGCACUCGCGCGCGCCGCGACACCACCACCCCUUGAAGCGCACGCGGACGCGGCACCACCACGUUCCACCUGCAGCAAAACCUACUCUCAAACGAGGCACAGCUACCACUACGAAUUAUCUCAAUAGAAAACAGGGCAUGUCGUCAGGUUCCAGUCUGAUGAUGCGCAAGCACUACAUGGCGCGCCAGGAGCGUCGCAAGCGGGGACUCGCGCCCCCUACUAGGGGGAAGCAUGUGCGACAGACUAGAAUGGGCCAACGUGCCGCAGCUUCAGGUUCAGGCACAGGUCGCGGCGGCGGCGCGUCCACUGCACGACGGAGUAGUUCGUCCUCCGCCUCCUCCGUAGAGGACGACGAGGACUGCGCUGCACAGAACUGUCUUCGACCUACUGGCAAGGAGGUGGACUGGGUGCAGUGCGACGGGGGCUGCGACCAGUGGUUCCACAUGCACUGCGUGGGGCUGUCCCGCGCGGCACUGCGGGAGGACGACGACUAUGUCUGCGGCACGUGCGCGCAGCAACGACACUAGUGCCGCGGGCAUCUCGCACCCACCCACGGUGGCCUUGCACCAGCCUUCUACUAGUGAUACGGUUUGCAGUUUUGUUAUCUAGUUUACUGUCACUCUUAUAAAAACUGGUUCAAGUUUAACUCGGAUUUAAUAUUUAUUGUAUUGCAGACUUUGACGCAGUUGUUGCAAUAUAAACAUUGUUAGAUGCAGUUUUAUAAUGCUGUUCAAAAUGUAUAGAAAGUAAUAUAAAAUUGUAACUUUACAAUAUACAAACAUGUCCACAACAAAUAAAAUAUGACGUUAAUUAUAUUUCUAUGAAAUACCAAACACUGGAAUUGCCACACAAACUUGGUUUGAACAUUUUGGGCUAAACUAGGAGUUUUGGGCGAACAUUUAUCUACUUAAAAUUAAAUACAAGUCAUGUUCACGACAAAUGACUAUUUACUUAUUUAAAAUUAAAAACACAAGUACUCCACUUAAAUAUUGAAUAAGUAAUUGCAAUCAAAUUAAAGUAUUAUAAUAAUCAUUAAUAUAAUGGAACAAAGUAAAAUAUACCUUAUUCAAUUCAAUAUUAAGAUCAUGUUCGCUCAACUCCUCCCAUUCCACUGAAGGGUAGAGAGACAAAUGUAGAAGCAAUAUCGAGAUAGCAUGUGAUUAGAGAAACAAAACCAAAUUGAAGCUUAUUGUAAAGCCAUACAAUUGAUUUCACAAUGGACAUGUUCCCGUGAUGAAAUGAUACAGAUCAAAUAUAUUGAUGACUGAGCGAGACAGAAUGAUUCAGAUUAUAUUAUAAAGAAAAGAGAGGGAACAUUAAUUGCAAAAUGUAGUAGAAUAAUUAAACAUUUUUAAAAUUAUUAUCUCAAUGUGAUUCAAUGGAUUUUUAGAUCAAAUUAAAGAGUCUGAUUUGUUAUGACACAAAAUAAAAUCAAGUUUCAACUUUAUGGUUAAAAAUAUUAUGUUCAAUUUUGACAUCUAAUGUCUGAAACCUAAAGUUGAUAAUCCUGUGUCAUAACAAAAAAACUCCAUAUAGUAGCAAUCGUUCAAUGUUUUAAUAGAAAAUAUUCAAAUAAAUAAAUAAAAUUACUGUUAUCAAGUGUUUUUGCCAUAGCGGGACUAUAGUCCUAAUGCAUGUUUAGAUCAUCGUUAGUAGGAUCCCCUGAACCCAGUUUUUGGAGGUUAUAACUUACUGUAGAGGUACUCAAAGGAAAAUCUCCUAAUUGAAAUUCCCCCAAAAGGCCGGCAACCUUAGUAUUUGGAAUGUCCAUGAUGGCGCUGAUUGCAUACUAUCAGGUGAUAGGAGAUCUGUCUGCUUGCUUGCUGCCUUACGCCAUGAAAACAAAAUGAUGACACCAUCAGUGUUGUGGGUAAUUGGAUGAUCAUGACCUCAAUUAAAUUUAUUGUCAUUGUCAUCUAUUGACUUCCUGAUAUCCUAGGACUAUUUACUUUACGCGGAGAGAACAAAUUUCGUUUUAUGUACUCGAAUCUCUAUCUUCAUGGUGAAUCAUUAUGGUUAAAUGCAGGAAUUACUUAAUGUUUUUUUAAAAUCAUGUGUCCAAUUAGUUGAGUAAUAUCGAAACAUACAAAUAUUACAUUUUCCUCUAUUAGACACAAAUAUAUUCAACUUAUCCUUGAUUUACUUCUACAGUAAUUUAUAUCAGCCACAUUUCCAAAUAGAUGUUCAUGUUUAAACCAAUGUUAUUGUUAAAAUAUUAGCAAAAUAUACACGUCUCUCUCUCUCUUUGCCUCUCUUUCUCUCACAAAAGUUGGUAUCUUCAGAGUGCGACGAGUGGGAUAAGUAGAGUUAAUAUUUUUAUUAAAAAAAUAAAACUGACAAAUAAUUAAGGUAUCGGGACUGGGAAAUUAUGUAAUUUAUGUAUAAUAUAUUAUGUAUAAUUGGUAAUGAAGGACUAGUGUAUGUAUUGUGGACCUGCGCAAGCGCAUCCGCUUGUAAAGUAGUAAGUUUUGUAUUGUCUAGUCCUUAGUGUCGUUUGGUAUAACACUUAUAAGGGAAACACUGUAUUUUUAUAUAAUGGCAACAUUAAAAUGGUUCAAAAAUGCCAAAAUGUAAUUUACUUCUAAGGAAAAUUGAUUGUACUAUCAAUGGUUGUGCCCAUAAGUUUUAUACCAGACAGAUUCCUACGUCACAGUAACAAAUAUAUUUAUAUUUGAAACAUUUUCCAGUCCUGUCAAUGUUAAUAUUGAAUGUAGCCAAAUAUUUGAGAUUUAUUUUUACUAAUUUUGUACUUUAUUUACUUGUUAUACGGUUGGAAAUUAGUAAAUAUGAUUUCUUUUUUUUAUACAUAAAUUAGCGAUUAGUUGUGCCUUUAGUGUAAUUGUAGUGGGUAUUUAGAAUUUUGUAUUUUUGAAGUUGUAUUAAAAGUUUGUUCACUUUGGCCACAUUCAUGUUAAUGUUGGGCGACCGACGCGAUGACAAGGUCUUCGGACAGACGAGAAACGUUUUUGUAAAUAUUUUUUAAAAAAACUUGCGAGAAAAUUAAAAAGUUUUUAAUGUAAUGGAAUUUUUGCAAGAAACUGAUAGCGUAAGUAGUAGAUACAUAUGUGUGCGAGGUGUGUCUGUGUGGAGUGUGAGGCACUCAUUGUCUAAUUACUUUCAAUUACUAAAACUUAACUGAGUAACGAGUAGUGCCGACUACCGAUCUAUUUCUAUGAAACCUGUACAGACAUCAUCAUAUACUAAAGAAUUUAAAUUAAAAUAUGACCGAACUCAUAGAUGAACACUUUUCUACAACAUUUACACUGUUACACGACAUUAUUAAGUUUAUGUAAAGUAAUCGUGGUUAUUGUUCUAUAUAUAUAUGUUAUAUCUAUCAACAUAUUUCUUCUCUGUGAAGUACACACGACACGAGACAGGAAACAAAGCGACGAGUUCAUUAUACGCGAUAUACCAUACAUAUAUACAGUAUAUAUAUGUUGAUAUGAUAAGAUGGCGAAGCAACAUGUACCAUACAUUCUCCCUGUAAGCUUGAGUUCCAAGACCAAUUAGUAAACGACGUGUAUCUGCUUUAUAUUGGUCGGAAGCGUUUAUUGUAUUGUAAAUAAUGUUUAAAUGUAGUUCGAUGUAUGUAUAUGUAUUGUUAGAAUAAUGUUGUAAGAGCUUGAUACCUUUGUAAGUGAAUAUUAAAGAAAAGCACCCAUCUGACAGAAGUACGCAAGUAUAAUCUGUCAGGCGCGUCCUUUACAACAUAUUUUUACAGAUAUUAAAAUGUCUUUGAAAAUUUUGAAGUAUUUUAUGUAUUUUUGACUGAAUUAGUAUCUGUUUUAAUAUGUUACUGUCGAAAAUAUUUAUGCACUGGCCUUUCUUUUGUGAAUCAAUGUUUAUAUAAUAGUUUAUAAUAAGACGAUUAAAUAAAGCUAAUACCUUACCAGAUUUUCUUUUCUAUUCCAAGUUUUAAAGUUAGUUUUUAUUGAUUUUAACAUCCUUUAAUGUUAACUUUCCAGGAUUUUUAGACAAUUACUAAUAAACUUGUAUUGAACAAAAUUUUUGACCACUAUAUAAAUUGCACAAAGUUAUAAUAUAUUAGUCACAAAUACAGAACAUAAUAUAUAAAACUAUAUAUAUUUUUACCGUCUUCCAAGUUUAUGUUUUACGAAACUAUGCAAUAACCGAAACCUUAUAAAAGCUACGAAAUCUAUACUUUUCCUAUAUGGUGAUGUUACUAUAUUUGUUUUAUACCGAAAAUAUCGAAGAACACAUUUAAAAUAUUGCCAUUUCUUACUAACAACAAUGAUUAGACGGAGACAGGAAUGUAACCCAUAUCACAAAACAUCUGUUAAAAUUUUAGACUGCUGCCGUUUUUCUGUCUCAUUCUAAUCAUACUUUAUAGAAAAAGAUAGCAAUAGCUGAAAUAUUAUACUGCACAACUGAAAACUCGUCUGAAAGACUUUAUAUUCGAAAGACUUGUCUAUCACACAAGGCUUGGUAAGGUUAAAUUGAUUCAAUUAGUUACGCCAUUGUAUUUACAAUGAAAAUAUUAACUAUUUUAAAUUAUUUGAUAUUUCUUACGCUUACUGUACAACAACUCUACACUGCGAUACAAUAUAUAUAUAUACAACUUAAUAUAAAUCUUAAUAUAUAAAAACGACAGUGCAAUAGUACUACUUAAACCGUUUUAUUGGUUAAAUUAUGUAACUAUACAUUUUUUUCUUAAUAUAUAAUAAUCAAAACGUAGAGUUGUAUAUACAAUAUACCGCUAAAUGACAAAUGAUAAGCCAAUAUGAACUCUAUCGCUUGUAGACAAGUUCUAUAUUUGUUACGACGGCACUGUCGUCAGCCAUUUAGCGCUAAGUCUCAAACUGUUUUUACUGUUUAGAUUUUUGUGAUUGUUUUAAUAAAUAAGUGUUUUUGGUUUGACAGUAAAAUAAGUUCUAAAGUAAUGGUAGUAAAGUUUAAUUUAACUAAUUUAGUUUAACAUUGCAUGUUAUAAACGAUUUGUAGUGUUCCUCUACUUAGUAGAAUUAACUCGAAAUUAUUUUAAAUUAAAGUGUAUAAUUUAUUUGGUAUAUAAUUUAUUUUUAUUGAGCUUAUACUUAAUUUGAAUCUAGGAUUCACACUAAAGUCCUUAUAACCUGGAUUUAUAGUUACUAGUCCGAUUUCCAGACGCUUUUUUUUAACAAAUAUAAUGUCAAACCAAGUGCACCAAACGCAUGGCUAAAACACAAAAUUGUUGAUCUCUGGCAGCCCUCGUCUGACCUAAUGUUUAAUAUUUGUAUGUAUGUAUGUACGCUCGAUACCUGCGCACACGCCGGUUGACGAAUAAUAGUCCCCCACAAUACUUGUAGGACGUUACUAUAUAUUUUGAUAUAAAAUUAAAUAUUUAUAUUAUAUAUAAUUACUAUUUUUGAUAAUUAUGAUAAAUGUAGCGAAAAUAUAUGUAGUUCCUAUGAGUAUUUUUUCCUAAUUAAGCAUUUUAAAUGAAUAAUUUAUCACUGGAUAUUGAAUUUGGCACGUUGUCUGAAGGCUUUGUUUAAUGUAUUGUGCCAAAAUAUGUAAUUUUGCAGUUUUGACAUUCAUUUAUAGUACAACAGUCAGUACCACGGCUGCUAUUCGUCUGCCCUCGGUCUGUGCGCGUAUAAUUGUACAGUAUAUAUAGUUAAGUGCAGUCGUAUGUUUGUCCAACAAUACCGGAGCACUGUAUCUGUACUAUACCCGUGUUGUAAAGUCUUCAAUAGAUUGUUUAAAUGUUUGUAAAUGAAUGGAUGUCGUCCCGUAUCGUUGGACAGAUUGACAUUAUUGUGUACCAAAUAAAUAUAGAAAAUUAUAGAAAAAUAA